CUCUCAACUCACUCUCCAUCUUUUUCAUCAUCAUGCUAGAUGUUCAAAGCAUCAUCAUUCCUUUCCCUCCAAUCAUUUGCAAUAAGAAUGUUUCAAGUGAAUAACAUCCAAAGUUGAGUAAAAGUUAUUCCCUUUUUUGGACUCUUUUUUUCCAUAUAUUAUUAUGUUGCCUGAUGAGAGGAAGAACAAGAUGAAAAGUGGAAGAAAAGGAAGACGAGAAAAGAUGAGAAAAGAUGAGAAGACUAACCCAGUGACAGAAAAUUGUCAGUAAACUGGAGGAUCAAUUGCAGAAUAGAAUCCUCAUCACCAUGAAAAAACCUCUUAUGUAACUUUCCUCAGUCUUCCACUUUCUUUUCAUUUUCAACUGAUUCCAUCAUUAUCUUCAUCUGCAUCUUCCAAACCAUUAUCACCAUCAUUAUCAUCAUCCCAUCACAAUGUAUCACUCAACCAAUCGUAACCAAGUCUUUCAACAAUUAACCACAUCACUAGACCAAAAGGUAAAAAAAAGUGGAACCAAAUAAAGUUCAUCUUCAAUGAAUUAUCCAUUGAAAUCAGUUAAACCCUACAAAAUUAUCUUCGCCAAAUCAACGACAAUUAAUAAUCAAUGAUUUAACUAACCAAUGUGAACAAAGUCUUUCAACUCAGUCUUUCAACUUAAGUCUUUCAAAGCUUGUAACCUUAAAAAUUGAACGUCUUUCAAAGUAUCAAUUUAAUGUGAUUCCAAUCCCAAAUUCCUUAUGAGAAGUGAUUCAGUUGAUUCACUUUAUCCUCUUAGACGAGGUCGUCCCAAUCGAAGUGUAACUUUCUCAGAGGUUACCCUUUACCCCAACAAAAAUGUUGACCCACCAAUGUAUUACCGUCAACGUCAACAUUACUCACCUAAUCACCAUCGUUCAAGUUCAUCACACUUGACCUCAUCUCAUCCUUAUCAACACAUUCAUCAUUCACCCAAUCACCAUUCAAGUUACUCUCAUUUACCUAGAUUAACAGCAGCCCACCUUUACUCACCUUCAACCCUUCAUUUAAAUAGUUCAUUAGUUAAUGAUCUUCAAGCAUACAACCUAAUGUCCAGCACAAUCGGUAACAAUCAACCUUCAAAUGAAUAUCUAUGUUCAUGCCAAUAUGAGGACAACAUUAACACAACCGUUAACAACACCCAUAACAACAUCAAUUCAAUUUACGAGUCAACUACAGGUUUAAAUGAAAUCCCAAGAGAUAACCUAAUUGUACCCUUCAAGUCCGAGUCAAUUCAUUACGAUGAAGUUAACCCAAUCACUGUUACCAACAACAUUAACAACAAUUCAAAUCAAAUGUACAUUCAACACCACUUUCAACCUCAUCAACACGCAACCCAACAAAAAGUGACACUCAAAGAUUCACUUUAUCAUAGUCAAACCAAUCAACCAGUUUUAAUAGCAACCAAUGCUAAUCACAAAUUAAUAUCAACCCAACCAACUUACAGUAAACAAUUGGCUGAACGAGCCAACAAUCCAAACCCAAACUCACAGACUAAUCGCACCUUGAUUGAUGUCCUGUUGGAGUGGACAUGUUUACCUGAGAAAAGCUUGUUAACUUCAUCACAAUAUUUUCCCUACUUUUUGGCCCUUACAUUCACAGUAAUCAUUCUCAUCCUCAUCUUAUCAUCUUUCUUGCUUCUUCACAAAAUAGGAUAUAUUUCACCAGCCAAGGUUUAUACAGAUUUGGAUGAACGUCCAUGUGAUAAAUUUUUUUGUCCUUUUGGAGCUGCUUGUGUUGUUGAUAAAAAAACGGGCAAACCUUUCUGUAAAUGUUUAUCUACCUGUACAGUUGAUGUUUUUGCUCCAGUUUGUGGCAGUGAUAAUAUUACUUAUUCAAGUGAAUGUCAAUUGAAAUUGGCUUCAUGUAACCAACGAACCACCCUUUUUGUUAAACAUCCUGGUGAAUGUCAGGUUAAAGAUCCUUGCGAGGAUAAAAUUUGUCCAUUUGGAGGAAUAUGUAAAUCGUCAAUCGAUGGUCGAUCAAGUGAAUGUGUUUGUCCAGAGAAAUGUUUAAUUUAUGGUGAUACUAAAUCAUCAGGAUCAGUUUGUGGUUCAAAUGGGAUGAAUUAUCCCAAUUCAUGUGAACUUAAAAGAUGGUCUUGCAUACAUUCAGCUGAUGUAACAAUUAAAUAUCACGGAAAAUGCGGUAAUUUUCAGUCAAUGUUUGGCAAAAUGUAUCACCAUCAAGUAUCGUUACUUAAUGCAUUUUUGUUGUAUAUUUUGACAGAUCCGUGUGAUGGAAUUGAUUGUCCAGUUAAUCAAAUAUGCCAAUUAGAUGAACAUCGUAAUCCAAUAUGUCGAUGUAGUUCACUUUGCAAUGAUAACUUUAAACCUGUUUGUGCCUCUGAUGGUAAAACAUAUGCCAAUGAAUGUUUCCUUCGAGUUGAAUCUUGUCGAAGUAGACAUAAUUUAUAUAUUAUUCACCAAGGUGACUGCAAUUCAUCAAAAAUUAACGAUAAAUGUAUAUCUCUUAAUUGUUCCAAUUAUGCAAUGUGUGACUUGAGUCAGUCAGGUACAGCAUCAUGCCUUUGUCCGUCUGAAUGUCCACCAAUAUUAAAGCCAAUCUGUGGCAACGAUGGAGUUACUUAUGAAUCUGUGUGUGAUUUACAACGUAAAUCAUGUUUACUCAAUCAACCGGUUAAAGUUAAACAUUACGGUUCCUGUUCAAUGAAUAACCAAUGUGAAAAAACUGUUUGCUCUUUCGGGGCAAUAUGUGAUGUUGAUAAGUCCAGUAAAACAUCUCGAUGUCGAUGUCCAACAUCGUGUACUGAAGAUUACAAUCCAGUUUGUGGAACUGAUGGCAUCUCAUAUGUUAAUCCAUGUAAAUUAGCAAGAGAGUCUUGUGAGAAAAGAAGAUCCAUUGAAGUUGCUUACAAAGGCCUUUGUGGAGGGUGUCAAAAUGUUUUAUGUGAUCAUUACUCUAUUUGUGAAACUGAUAGCCUUGGUCGAUCAAAAUGUUCGUGUUCUGAGUCAUGUGUACCUGUUGAUGAACCAGUUUGUGGUACUGACGGUAAAACAUAUCCAAACGAGUGUUCACUACGAGUUACUUCUUGUAAACAGCAAACAUAUAUUGCGGUAGAAUCUAAAGGUGCAUGUAAUGUAUGUAAAAAAACUAAAUGUAGCAACAACAGUGAAUCUCGUUGUGAUGAUGGUGAAUGUAAUUGUCGUGAAGAUUGUCCAGAAGAAAAUGAGUCUGUUUGUGCUUCUGAUGGAGUCACCUAUCGUAAUCAAUGUGAAAUGGAAAAAAUUUCAUGCCAAACUAAUAUCGAAUUAUCUGUAAGAUUUUACGGUAAAUGCUCAGACGAAUCUCGACCUUCUGAAAAUAACAUAAUCAACCAAUUAAAUCUACCUACUGCUGUUGAUAUUAUAGAGUCAACUACAGCUAGUUCGUUUAACAUAUCUCAAAUACAGUUUGAGCAAAAUACAACAGAAUCGGUACUAAAUAUUAUAGUAUCAUCGAGUACAACGGAAUCCCCUGUAGAAUCUUUAUGUGGAGGUAAAAUGUCAUGCCAAUUUGGAUCCACUUGCAGUCAAUCUUCUGAUGGGAAUUGGGAAUGUUUAUGCUUAUUUAACUGUGACGAAACCAACUCAUCUGAAAUUAUUUGUGCCAAUGAUACUUAUUUUUAUCCAAAUGAGUGUUCAAUGAUGGAGAAAUCUUGUCAUAAUCGAAAGCCAUUAACAAUUGUUUCUCCAGAAAUCUGUAAAGAAGCAGACAUUUUGAGUCGCGAAACAGAUGACAACUCAAAUGAUUGCAAGGAUACAAGAUAUGGAUGCUGUUCUGAUGGAGAGACUCCCAGUCGAGGUCCAAAUUAUGCUGGAUGUCCCGAUAUUUGUGCAUGCAAUAGGCUUGGAUCUAUUGGAACCACUUGUGAUCCAGUUUCUCGACAAUGCUCAUGUAAACCUGGAGUUGGUGGACUGAAAUGUGAACGCUGCGAACCCGGCUAUUGGGGCCUACACAAGAUAUCAGAUGGAAAUGCAGGUUGUAUACCUUGUUCCUGUAAUGAAUAUGGCUCAGUUCGGGAUGAUUGUGAGCAAACAACUGGUCGGUGUGUUUGCAAAGAUAACGCCAUUGGUAUGAAAUGCGAUGUAUGUGUUCCUGGACAAACGCUUACUCAGUUUGGAUGCAUUAUCGUUGAUGGAGAAUCGAAAAAGGCUGAUGAAAAAGAUAUUUAUGAUUACGAUAAAGAUAAAAUGACAAAGUUGAAUGAAAUUAUAACAUGUGAUCAGAUGAAUUGUUCAUUUGGAUCAAUCUGUAUUCAAAGUGAUCCAACUCGCUCACCUGUCUGUUCCUGUCAGUAUAAUUGUGAUUCAAGUGAUUUGCUUCCUGUUUGUGGCUCAGACAAUAAUACUUAUGGAAGUACAUGUCAACUGAAUUUUGUUGCAUGUCGAAAUCAAAAGAUAUUAACAGUCAUUAAAAUAGGUUCAUGCAAUGAAUCGCCCUCGUCAACAUCAACAACGUCUUCUUUGCCAUCUUCCAGUGAAGAAUCUCAAUCCGAAUCAUCACCAGAUUCACUUUAUGUUCCAUCGAUACGCACAACUUCAUCUACAACUUCACCAACCUCUGUUUCAAUUACUUCAACAAUCACAACAACUUCCACAACUAUUUCACCUCCUACAAUUUCAUUAGAUGAUCAAAUGUUAUCAAAUGAUCCAGUUGCUAGUCCACUAAUCUCAUUGACUCGUAACUUGGUUUUAUCAAGUGAUCUUGAUCCACCCAAAUGGUUUGAUGUUCCUCGAUUUUUUGGGAGAUCUUAUUUAGUACUUGAUCAUCUUAAGAGCAAAAGUCGACUUGAUAUUGAUCUUGAAAUGACAACAUCAAGACACGAUGCAAUUAUUUUAUAUAAUAGUCAAAGGCCAAAUGAUUUUGGAGAUUUUAUCGCUUUAACUAUUAAGGAUGGGCGAGUUGAGUUCCGUUAUAAUUUAGGUUCUGGUUUGGUGAUUCUUCGCUCUCCAGAUAAGAUUCCACUGCGGCGCAAGAUUCGAAUUACUGCUAAAAUAUAUCACAAGGAAGGUUUAUUAUCAGUAUCAGGUCAGGAUCCGGUUACUGGCCGCUCUUUAGGAUUAAUGAAGGCUCUCAAUCUUGCCGACUACUUGUUUAUUGGUAGUCUCCCGUCUGACCGUUCAAACAAUCGUACUCUCCACAAUUUAGGAGUUUCUUCUGGGUUGGUUGGAUGUUUAAUUAAAUUGACAAUUAAUCAUGAGUUAAUAAAUAUAGCUUUCCCAUCUUCCAAGAAAAUUGUGGCUCAAAAUGGUAUCCGCAAUUGUGAUUCUUUGUGUCAUUCUUUAUCUUGUCAAUCACCAGCUGAUGAACCCUCGCCUCCAGACGAUGAUAAUAGUGUUGAUGGUGGAUUUCAUCGACAUGAUCAUCAACAUCAUCAACAUUUUUCUCAUACCAAUCAUCACCAUCAGUCAGUUAAUUAUUUGUCAGAGCAUCAAUCAAGUACAGAUAAUAUUAUUCAAAAAGAAAUGGAUCUGAAUUUUGUUCCUGAUUUCAGAUUAACAUCAUUUCUAAUUAUCGAUGAUCAUCCAAAUUUGGCUCAUGUCUGUCAAAUUGAAUUAGUUUUUUACAGUCGUGCCUUAAAUGGCCUAAUUUUAUUCAGUGGUCCAAAUAAAUAUACCAAAGGAGAUUAUCUUUGGAUAACCCUAGUUUCUGGUUAUCUUGAAUUUGUGUUCAAUCUAGGAUCUGGUCCUGCUUAUAUCAGAUAUCCCAAUCAAAUCAGCUUGAAUAAAUGGUACAAAGUUAAAGCAAUCAGACAUCGUCGUAAAGGUACUCUUCAAAUUGAUUCCGGUCCAAUAAUCUCAGGCGAAUCAAAGGGUAAUUUUAAUGAACUUAAUCUUCGUGGUUCUUUGCAUCUUGGAGGUGUCCCUAAUGAAACAACAACAACUUGGUUUCAAUCACGUUAUCCUGGAUUAAAUGGUUCAAUUCAAUAUCUUCAUCUCAAUGGUCAUAAAUGGGAUUCUCUGGUUGAGCGUGCCUCUCGUCGACAUAAUAUUCAUCAAUUUCAUGGUCCACCUUGCAUUAACUCUAACGGCCAGCCUGUUUGCCUUAAUUUUGGUCUUUGUUCGCCUAAAUUAAAUAGCUUUUUAUGUUCCUGUUCAGAAGGUUUCACAGGAAGGCGAUGUGAAAAACGGCUUCCUGGUGUGUCAGACGAUUCAUCAGCAAUCAAAUUAAAUGGAUCGAAUCCUUUCAGCAUUAAAAAUCAAAUAAAUUCUAUUUCAACUAGUUCAAAGGACACUUUCCUCGAGAUAACAUUUAAAACUGCUGCCUCUAAUGGACUUCUAGUCUGGACAAGUAAAGGAGCCAAAUAUUCUUUACGUAAUGAUUAUCUGUCCUUAGCGAUCGUUUCCGGGUCUUUAGAGUUGAGCUAUAAUCUUGGUCGUCAACAGAUUCCUUUUGCUCUUCGCAGUCCAGUGAAAGUAUCCGAUGGCCGUUGGCACCAUGUAACCAUUAUAAGGAGCAAAAGACUUGGUAUUCUGCAAGUUGAUAGUCAAUCUCCAUUAAGUUAUCAUUCAUCUCGAGGUGCAAUUGAAUUAAAUACGAAUGGUAUUCUUUGGUUUGGUGGAUCUCCUGAUCUUCCCAUAGGUCUUCCUUUACAAUAUUACUCUGGAUUUAAUGGUUGCCUUCAAUCUAUCAUAAUUAACGGAGAAACUUUAUUGUGGAACCAGAGUUUAACUGAUAUACAGUCUUAUGAGCGCUGUACAAGUCAAACUUAUUUAUAACUUUAAUUUAUUGUACAAUUUUUGUUGAAUUACAACAAAUCAAGUCUUUCUUUUUUUCUAAUCUAUCAAAAAUUAGAUUUUAGUCAAUUAUUUAUGUAUCAUAAUGAUAAAUCUUUUGCAUUGUAUAGUGAACAUAUUUAGUCGAAAAAAUUAAAGUCAACCAAAUUAUGUGUGAUUCGUAUCUUUAAAACUCUUGAUUAAAACAUUAAAAACCAAUGA